GAUCUAAACCAACAUGGCUGCGGGCGGCUUUUGCUGCGUGUGGACAGUCCUGCGUGUGUAGAAUUAAUUGAUCAUGAGCGCUGUUGAGCUGGAAGGUCUGGCAUAUUUGUCUUUCUUUGAUGAUGGCUCCUGGUUUCAGGGAACACUUCUAACAAAGGAUAAAAAGCAAUAUGGAGUCAUGGGAGAAACAUGUGGUCCACCAGAGGAAGGAUUUGCUGAAUGUUGUUUUGAUGAUGAGCCAUUAUUUUACGUGAUCACCAUUAUUGAUCAUGAAGUAAAUAAAGAUAUGGUGUUCAAACAUGUUAUGAAGACUGGUGGUGAUAACUGCACACUUGUGUCAAAUGAAAUUGACUUUGAAACUGAAGAACUCCUAGUUGGGAGCAAGGCUGAAAGCCAUGUUAGCAAGUAUUGCCGAUCGGAGUUGAAAGGGAAGGAGUGUAUUGUUUGUUCAGGACACAUGACAAUUCACGCCAGUGAUGAGUCGGACUAAAUAUAUCAGUACUUGUAUGUUGGUUUAUGUACUGAAGGCCAGUUUGUAACAAAGUUCAACUCACGCCCACACUGUAUCCUUCGACAUGGGUCACGGAAACAACGCUUAUUAUUGUAAUACAGAAUUGUUGCCGCGCAAAUAAUGGGUCUAGACUCGUUCAAAUGUCCUAUCCGAUUUUCAGACGAGGAGAUAAGAGCCGUUUCUUUGGCGCAUUCUUGUUGGUCCGUGUUGAACUACAUGAAGGCAUUGUAAAACUUGGCUACAACCCGGACUGCUUGAUUUUAAGUCCAGUGGGUCAUAACGCCUCCCUGGAGCUAAACAGAAUCAAAAUUUAUAUAUGUCAACAACAAUCAAGGUGCGGUAUCCAAUUCAGGACAAUAGGCCAAUCCCGAGUUACCUUGCACCUCUGUUUCAAAAUGAGUCUUUGUGCAAAACCUUUCAUAUGAAAAUGAGUUUGAUUUGCAUGAAAAUGAACCUGUCGGGGAAACACAUUUACAUAUGAAUGGUUUUACACGAAGACUCGUUUUGACACAGAG